CAUAUUGGAGGCGUUUUUGAUUGGUUCACAACUGCAAAUUGUAUAUAAAGUACACCAAUUGUUUACUUCGUGGAUGUGAUGGGCUACAAAAAUUCUAUAAAUCUACUUGAUAACUGUCAAGUCUUUCAACAAUUAAAGAUUACAUAUUUUUACACUUUUCACUUAUCAUUAGCAAAUGGUCUAUCGUUACACGGUGUUGUGUUGCGUUAAUUAUUUUGUUUCAAUUUUUUCUCAAUUUUAAUGCUUGACUCGAAAUUUACAGACAGCAUAUUAUUAUGUAUGAUCUAAAAAAAUUGGAAGAAGACGCCAAAAGUGCAGCCACAAAGCAUGUCAUUAAUAUGCUGCAAAGACCAGGUCAGUUGGAAAAAGUUGAUCAAUAUAAACGCCGGGUUACCAGAAAGAAAACGUCAGUGGAAACCAUGCUAAAAACUGCAAUGCAAAGUCAAUUGGACGGUGUAAAAGUAGGUUUUGAUCAGUUGCAAAAGUCUUUGUCUAGUAUUAAAUUAAUCAAGGAAGAGCUAGAUUCUGUUGGGAAAUUGUUUGAAUCUGCACCAACAUUUAAUGCUAAAUUACAACAAGUUCAGUAUGAAAAUAUGCGACACUCUCAGUAUGUCACAGCCAAGGAGAAUUUAAAGCACAUAUUUACUGUACCUGAAAGUGUAGAACGCACAAAAGCAUGGAUUAAUGAAGGUAAAUUGCUGCAUGCUCAUCAAAGCUUGAUGGAUCUGGAAAGUUCUAGAGAUGAUUUACUGUAUGAGUUACAUAAAUUACCUAAUGAGAAACCAGCUGAUAAGAUUAUGCUAAAGGCAUAUUUUGAGGAUGUAGAAGAUCUUUCUCAAAGAAUGGAAAAACAAAUAAGAUUAAUUCUUAGUAGAACACUAAAUACUGUGAGAAAAGAACCAACUAUAAUUGUCACAGUGUUGAGAAUAGUUGAACGAGAAGAAAAAGCGGACCAUUAUGCAGUGCAAAGGCAUAAACAAACUGGAUUUAUGCCUCCAGGAAGACCAAAAAAGUGGAAAAAUAUUGCUUUUGAAGUAUUGGAAAAAUCAGUAGCAAAUAAAAUAGAAGGUACCCACAUAGAUCAGAGAGCCGAUACUAAAAUGUGGUUGGUGAAAUAUCUUGAAUUAAUAAGAAUACUUUUUGUGGAAGACCUAAAAGUUAUAAAAACUUUAUGUGUUCCUUGUUUCCCACCAUCAUAUGAUAUUGCUAACACACUGAUUCAAAUGUACCAUACAAGUUUAUCUUUACACUUGAAAGAUAUUGUUAAUGAGGGAUUGGAAGGAAAUGAAUAUGUGACUUUACUAGGAUGGAUAAUGAAUACAUAUAAUGGACCUGAAAUGAUGGGUAUACCGGAAUUAAAAAUCAAUGUCGAUGAAAUUGGACCAUUACUGAGUAAAGAAAUUUUAGAUGAUUUACAAGAUAAAUAUUUGAAAAAUGUGUUGCAAAAUUUUGAAGAUUGGAUGAAUAAUACAUUGGAAGGUGAAAAAAAUGACUGGUGGAAGAAAGAAUUAUCUGGUAUCAAUGUACAUGAAACUUACCAUCAUACUUCAGCUCCUGUUAUCAUUUUUCAAAUGAUUGGACAAAAUCUUACAGUAACUAAAACUAUAAGCCAAGAAUUGACAUCAAAAAUGUUAAUUCUUUGCAUUGCUCAAGUUACUAAGUAUGGCUUCAGAUAUAGACCAGCAAUAAUGGAAUUUAAAAGUAAACAUUUUGAGGAUCGAAGUCAAGUACUUUAUUUCACUCAACAUAUGAUUGCUGUUGUUAAUAAUUGCUUGCAAUUCAUAGAAUUAGCGCAACAAAUGAAACAGCAAUAUUGGAUGAUCAAUACUAAUGUUGAAAUUGCAACUAAAUUUGAAGAACUUGUUGAUAAUUAUCAGAAACUUCGAAAUGAGGCAGUGUCAAUUUUACUUGAAGAGUCAUUCCUGGAUUUAGAACAACAUUUCCAUGAUUUAUUAACUCCAAAAUGGAUGUCAUCUCCAAUUCCUGUUGAAACAAUUUGUGUCACUUUAGAGGAUUACUUUCAGGAUUAUAAUCAUUUGUCUCCCAAAAAUUUUGAAUAUGUCAUAACAGAGGCACAAAAUUUGAUUGCAAAACGAUAUAUUUCAGCUAUGUUACAACGUAAAAUUUCAUUGAAAACUUAUGAUGAAUGUUUGACAUGUACGUCAAAAAUAAUAAGUGAAGCUGAAAAAUUAAAAGCUUUCUUUUCAAGACUUGCACCUCAAGUAGAAUUAGAUUCUCCAUUUGAAAUUAUCAAACGUCUUGCAGAAGUAUUAAGAUGUGAAGAUUCUGAAAUUCUUUCUCUCGACUUGCAUUCAUUAGUAGAAAAGUAUCCAGACAUUACUGAUGAUCAAUUAGUUAGGCUUCUUAGCCUUCGUGGUGACAUAUCAAGAAGUGAAGCAAAAGAAAAAGUCUCUUAUAUACUUGAAGCUCAACGUAAUAGAAGAACUGUUCAAUCUAAUCCCCGUAGUAUAUUCAAGCACAUUAUAAUCCAAGACAGUUUUUUAAGUUGGAAAUAGUAAUAUGAUUAUGU